UUGUUACAUCCUGUAUUCCCAAUUAAUAUGGUACCGACUAAAUGGUUGCUGAAUAUCUCCAGGAAUUGCUGCAAGUGGCGUCCUCCUCAAAAGCAGAAAAAAAUAUUGUCUCAGGAGGAAUACAGUAGCUUUAUUAACUCUCUGCCCGUUAUAAUAGACAAAGGAGUUCAGCAGACUAAGUACUUGGAGAAUGAUGAAUUACGUGAUAGAAUGAAAAGAAUUACAGAAUACUACAUGCGCGGACGAAAAACAAUUCAAGGUGAAUUGACUAUACUUGGCCAUGAACUACUAGAAUCUGAAAAAAUAAAAGGCGAUUUGAAAAAUCAACAAUAUGUUUUAGCUUGGUGCGUUGAAUUGUUGAUGUCAUAUAUUCUUAUAUUGGACGACAUCGAGGACGGUGCGACGUUCCGCAAUGGGAAACCAUGCUGGCACAUGUUGGCGGACGUGGGUUCGCUGGCCGGCAAUGACGCCAGCAUGCUCCGCAGCUUCAUCAUGCAAUUGCUACACAUCAACUUCUCCUCACAGCUCUUUGUUGACUUUGCUAAACUCUUCAACGAGGCCUUUUUCACUUGUAACGUUGGUCAAUAUUUGGAUGCUAUAACAUCAAAACAACGCAAUUACAAAAACUUCACAAUGGAUUUGUACAAAAACAUAGCCUUGUACAAAUACGCAUACUAUUCUGUCAAGUUUCCCAUACUGUCCGCUCUGGUGCUGUCAAAGAAUUAUAACAAGGAUACAUGUCGAUAUGUGGAUGAUAUCUUAACAGACGUUGGAAUUUGGAGCCAAAUAAAUAACGACUUCACUGACUAUUAUGAUGACGACGAGCAAACUGGUAAAACGGGGUCUGACAUCCAAGCGGGCAAAUGCACGUGGCUGGCGGUGACCGCCCUUCAGCGCUGCUCACCCGCCCAGAGAGAGGAAUUCUACGCUCACUACGGCAGCUGGCAGCCGGACCACGUGGCGCGGAUCCGUGAUAUCUACCAACAACUUGGCAUCGUCGGCAUUUACUACAGAGAGGAAAAAGCCACCUAUGAUAGAAUCAUAAAGAAAAUUGAAUCGCUUCCCGCGAAUGCCCUGCCAUCGGCUGAAUUUUUUAAAACAGUGGUUGACGCUUACUAUCCGAAUGUCGCUUGUGGAAAAGCGUUUAAUCGAAAUAAUUAAACCAACAACAUGGUCAAAAUCAAAUAUUAAUAGAACUAUUUUUUUGCUUAUCCGCCGUAUUUUUCACAAUUUCAAAAUUCAUCUAAUUUAUCCGAUGUAAACUGAAGAACCACUGUCGAAAUAACGAGAAACGUGAUCGAAUAAUUUCGUAUCACGUUUCAUACAAAGUAAUUAAAAUAAUUUUCCAAUCGAUCUCAGUCAAUUAUUGAUUUCAACAAAACAAUUGAACUUUUUAUAAAUCUAUUUCAACAUUUC